CAAUGUAAUAAAACGAAACCGAAAGUUAGUAGAUCUGCAAUUCAUCUCGAGCGCUGACCACAGCAAAGAGUAAAUUAAACAUUCAGUAUACAUAAUUAAUUUUCCAAUCUUCAUUUUAAUGUUGACGACUUGAACCGACAUUAAGUGAAAUGGCAUUUUAUAACCAGGAACCGUUUUACAACCCGAGCAUUCCAUUCACUGGAUCCAUCCAAGGUGGCUUGCAAGAAGGGAAAACCAUAACUAUUAGUGGUCGAAUUUUGCCUAGGGCUGAGAGGUUCCAUGUCAAUUUACAGUGUGGUUCUAAAUCAGGGGCAGACAUUGCCCUUCAUUUUAACCCUCGGUAUGACAGCAACCCUGGAUACAUUGUCACCAACACUUUCCAGCGGUCCUCAUGGGGGAAGGAAGAGCGGAAGCAGAACUCACCUUUCACCCCUGGUUCCAGUUUCACCCUGUUGAUUAUAGUCCAACGUGAUUCAUACCAGUUGAACGCCAAUGGAUGCCAUGUUAUGGAUUACCGGCAUUGCAUCCCCUUCAAUGCAGUGGACACCAUUUCAGUUGUGGGGAAUGUGGAAGUGACCUCUAUUGCCUUCCAAAACCCUGCACCCUACUUUCCUCCACAACCAGCAUUUCCUGGAUUUCCUGCCCAGCCAGGAUUUCCUGCCCAGCCAGGAUUUCCUGCCCAGCCAGGAUUUCCUGCCAUGCCAGGUUUUCCUGCCAUGCCAGGUUUUCCUGCCCAACCAGGAUGCCCCCCUCACCCAGGAUUCACUCCUCAACCAGGAUUUCCAGCACAACAAGGAUAUGUUGUCCCAUACAAGACCAUCGUUAAUGGUGGACUUCAUCCUGGCCGGACUAUCAAUAUCCAGGGAAUGGCUAGCUUUAAUGCCAAAAGGUUCCACAUUAACCUGGGCUUUAACACGGGCAUUGCGUUGCACUAUAAUCCCCGUUUCGAUGAGAAUGUUGUGGUGCGUAACAGCAAGCUGAGAGACCAAUAUGGAGAAGAGGAGAGAUGUGGUGGAAUGCCUUUCCACAGAGGCCAGCCCUUCACGAUGAUGAUUUCUUGUGAGGCUCAGUUCUUCAGGAUUAUAGUCAAUGGGAAUCAAACUAACACCUACAAACAUCGUCACCCCCAUCUCCAACAGAUUGAUGUUCUGGAAGUAGGCGGAGAUGUCACUUUGACCUAUGUUAUGUUUUAGUUUCUAACUGUGGUUGGUUGGCAGGCAGAUAACACAGUAUAUGCCAUUUCUGACCCUGAAGUAUUUCUUUGCUUUUGUUGCCCAGGGUUUUCUUCUAUUCCUUUUGCUGCAUUGUUAUCUAUAAUAUCCCUUGAUACCACACUCGACUCCAAAAAAGAAACCAUGCAUUAGAAACAACAAAUAUAGUGUGUAAUUGACAGAAUAUACACUAUUUACAUCUUAUUUGCAGUCAUGUAGGCACUCAGUAUUCUUUUAUCUAUUUCCUAAUCUUUUGCAAUAUUAAUCUAUGCAUGUUGGAAAAACAUAAAAAGAAAUUAACAAAAAAUGUGACUCAAUAUUGCAUCAAACACUUGCUUAAGUAUGCAUUGCAUAAUUGUCUUACUUUACACUUUGUAAUACUUUUUUACAAUAAACACAAAAAAUAAGGUGUAAUAACCUUUGAAUGCAU